AUGGAUAAAAAAGUUGAAAAUAGGAAAAGAAAGCCAAUAAAAGAGCAAGAAGAAGUAGAUGAAGAAGACUUUAAGGUUGAUGGGUUAUUAGAUGCUGGUGAAUCAGAAAGUGAAGUUGAAGAGGGAGAAAUUUUAGAUGAAGAACCUGGGCCACCACAAGAUUUUGAUUCAGAAGAAGAAUUAAAUAAAUUAUUAGGUGAAGAAGAAGACCCCUCAGAUUAUUCAAGUGAAGAAUUUUCAGAUGAACCUCAAGAUGAUAGAGAUUCAUUAAGUGGUAUCAAAAUUAAUUCAUUAUCAGUUAAAGAUCCAAAUGAAAAAGAAAUAGAAACAACUUAUUCAGAUGGUAAACCAAGAAUAAUUAAACCUGAAAUCGAACCAAUUUAUGAUUCAGAUGAUUCAGAUGCUGAGAAUUUUAAUACUAUAGGAAAUAUACCAAUUUCAGCUUAUGAUGAAAUGCCACAUAUAGGUUAUGAUAUAAAUGGGAAAAGAAUAAUGAGACCAGCAAAAGGUUCAGCAUUAGAUCAAUUAUUAGAAACUAUUGAAUUACCUGAAGGUUGGACUGGUUUAUUAGAUCAAAAUACUGGUACUUCAUUAAAUUUAUCCAAAGAAGAAUUGGAAUUAAUUCAAAAAAUUCAACAGCAAGAAAAUACAGAUGAAAAUAUUAAUCCUUAUGAACCUUUAAUUGAUUGGUUUACUAAAGAUGAAGAAGUAAUGCCAUUAACUGCAGUUCCUGAACCAAAAAGAAGAUUUGUUCCUUCAAAACAUGAAGCUAAAAGAGUUAUGAAAAUAGUUAGAGCAAUAAGAGAAGGUAGAAUUACAUUAAAGAAACCAGAAGAGGAAACCAAAGAAGAAGAAGAAGAAGCUUUUGAUUUAUGGCAAGAUGAAGUUGAAGUAACUGAUCAUAUAAUGAAUUUAAGAGCCCCAAAAUUACCUCCACCAACAAAUGAAGAAAGUUAUAAUCCACCAGAAGAAUAUUUAUUAACUAAAGAAGAAAAGAAAACAUAUGAAGAAACUGCUCCAAUAGAUAGAGAAAGAAAUUUUAUUCCACAAAAAUAUAAAUCUCUCAGGCAAGUACCUGGUUAUCAAGAAAAUAUUCGUGAAAGAUUUGAAAGACUGUUGGAUUUAUAUUUAGCUCCAAGAAUACGUCAUAAUAAAUUGAAUAUUGAUCCAGAUUCAUUAAUUCCUGAAUUACCUUCACCAAAAGAUUUAAAACCUUUCCCAAUUUAUUGUUCAACUAUAUAUAAAGGUCAUGAAGAAAAAAUUAGAACUAUAAGUAUAGAUCCACAAGGUUUAUGGUUAGCUACUGGUUCAGAUGAUGGUAGUUUAAGAAUAUGGGAAGUUUUAACAGGAAGACAAGUUUGUAAAAUACAAUUAAUUAAUAAAGAAAUUAAUAAUGAUGAUAAAAUUGAAAGUUUAGAAUGGAAUCCAGAUUCUUCAACUGGCAUAAUUGCAGUUACAUGUGGUGAAAAUAUUUAUUUAAUAGUACCACCAAUUUUUGGAUUUGAAAUUGAAAAUCAAGGUAAAUUAAGAAUUGAAUCAGGUUGGGGUUAUGAUACAUUUGGAAAUAAAAAACAAGAAAUGAAGAUUGGAAAUGAAGACGAUGAAGAGGGAGAGACCUUUUCUAAUAAAAAAGAGGUUGCAUCUUGGAUAAGUCCAAAUACUCAACAACAACAACAGGGUAUGUCUGCAAUUAUACAAUGUAAAAAGAAUAUUAAAAAAAUAUCAUGGCAUAGAAAAGGUGAUUAUUUUGUAACAGUAUCACCAGAUUCAAAAAAUACUUCAGUUUUAAUUCAUCAAUUAUCUAAACAUUUAUCACAAUCACCAUUUAAAAAAUCAAAAGGUAUAAUAAUGGAUGCAAAAUUUCAUCCUUUUAAACCACAAUUAUUUGUUGCAUCUCAAAGAACUAUAAAAAUUUAUGAUUUAUCACAACAAACAUUAAUUAAAAAACUUUUACCAGGUGUUAGAUUAUUAUCAAAUAUUGAUUUACAUCCAAGAGGUGAUAAUUUAUUAGCUUCUUCUUAUGAUAAAAGAGUUUUAUGGCAUGAUUUAGAUUUAUCUCAAACUCCUUAUAAAACUUUAAGAUAUCAUGAAAAAGCAGUAAGAUCAAUUAAAUUUCAUAAAGGUAAUUAUCCAUUAUUUGCAAGUGCUUCAGAUGAUGGUAAUAUACAUGUUUUCCAUGGUACUGUUUAUGAUGACUUAAUGACAAAUCCAUUAUUGGUACCAUUAAAGAAAUUAACUGGUCAUAAAAUUAUAAAUCAAAUUGGUAUAUUGGAUUUAAUUUGGCAUCCAAGAGAACCUUGGUUAUUUAGUUGUGGUGCUGAUGGUACAGCAAGAUUAUGGACUACAUAG